GCAACACUGGCGUUGACGUCAGCUGGGAAUCGUGACGCGACAUAUCAGUAGGAAAAACAAUAAUGGAGGCUUGUAAUGCUGUCGAACGCGAAGUCGACAAAGUUUUAUUAAAAUUCGGAGCAAUAAACGAUCAUGCAGAUACAACACUACGGGAUCUCAUUAAUCACAUAGAGUCCCUAAAAAAUGAGCUGGAAGAAGCACCAUCCAAUCAUGAGCUAACACCAGGUCAAGUUCAAGUUUUAAAACAAGCAAUGACCAAAGCAAGAGAUACAGUACAAAGACUGGCAACGGAUCACCGUGAAUUACAUAGUACAGUUUCGAAAGUAGGUAAAGCAAUCGACAGAAAUUUUAUAGCAGACUUUGCUAGUACGAGUAGAGAAGAUGUUUUCUCAGGUACAGAAAAAACUCAUCUACUAAAUCAAGUUAUUUGUCAACAUUUUUAUCGUCAAGGAAUGUUAGACAUAGCUGAUGAAUUAGCAACGGAAGCAGGAGUUAAGACUGAUGAAGGGAGAAAGGAACCAUUUACAGAAUUAAAUUACAUACUUGAUUGCUUAAAACAAAAAAAUUUAGAGCCAGCCUUAGAAUGGGCAACAAAGCACAGAGAUGCGCUUAUUGCACAAAACUCUUCCUUGGAAUUUAAAUUACAUAGGUUACAAUUUAUAAGAUUAGUUCAACAGGGAUCCAGUAAGCAAAGUGAAGCAAUUACAUACGCCCGUAAAUAUUUAACUCAAUUUGUUACACGACAUGAAAAAGAAGUUCAAUCACUAAUGGGAACAUUAUUAUAUUUACCAAAUGGAAUACAAUCGUCUCCGUAUAGUCACUUAUUAGAUCCAAUUUUAUGGCUCGAUAUUCAUGAUGUUUUUACAAAAGAAGCAUGUACACUGUUAGGAUUGAGUGUCGAUAGUCCCUUAUCUGUCUGUAUAAAUGCUGGAAUUACGGCACUGCCUGCUCUUUUAAAUAUAAAACAAGUCAUGCAACAACGACAAGUUGCUGGUAUAUGGAGUGGAAAAGACGAACUUCCUAUUGAAAUUGAUUUGGGAAAACAAGGCCGUUAUCAUUCAGUGUUUGCCUGUCCAAUCUUAAGGCAACAGAGUACAGAAAAUAAUCCACCAAUGAAAUUAGUCUGUGGUCACGUUAUCUCAAGAGAUGCCCUAAAUAAACUCACCAAUGCCAACAAGAACCAAUUUGUUUCCAGGCUAAAAUGUCCAUACUGCCCAGUAGAUCAAAACCCAGAAGAUGCCAGGCUUAUUUAUUUCUAGUUUGCUGUGAUAACCGAGGAAGAUGUAUUUGUAUGAUAACUUAAAAGUAUAUUAUCCUCCCAUGACUAGUAUUAGGUUUUUAUUAUGGUGAAGUUUAAAACCAACAAUACUAAAAAUUUUGAAGAGCUGAACUAUGCCUUCGAUACAAUUAUGCCUAAUGUUUUUAGAUAUAUUUUUAUCGAAAAGUAGAGGUUUCUGUACUCGUAAGUGCUAGAUGACAGAAGUACGUAUAUAAAAUGUACUAACAAAAUUAUAAAAAUUGUAAAAAAUUUGCAAUUUAUGAAAUUUCAU